AUGCGUCGAGCCGCUCUGUUCGCGCUCCGCUCGGCCCGACGCUCCGCGCUUCGCAAGAUCAUCCCCAAGUCAUCCUCAUCCUCCUUCGCGGCCUCGAACCAUGUCUUAGCCUCCUCCGCCAAUGUCCACACGUCCUCCCUCAUUCGCAAAUACAGUACGUCCCGACCGCCGUUCCAGUCUUCUAUGCGUGUCCCCAGGAUACCCCUCCUCUUCGUCGGAUCCCUAGGCGCCAUUGGGGCAUGGUAUGCUUACAGAGGUGAUGGGCCAGACCAUCUCCUUAAAGCUCAACCUUCGGCGGUCUCCGCCCAGCUUACGAGAAGUGCGAGUACGACACCCGAUACUGCUUCCCCUACUGCGAAUCCGGUCCCGGUCCCAGCAGGUCACGAGCCCAAUCGGAAAGCAUUGGUGGUAGAUAACGGCCAGUUCUUUACUGGCAGUAUUGUCGGGGAAGGUCCUUUGGCAAAGGAUACAGAUGAUUACGGUCGGAAGGUCCUCGAGAUGAUGACACCGGAGCAAGCCACCGAAAGACUGCGGAAAAAUGAACAAUCCUUUCUGGUAGGCCGAGGCCGUGGCGUGGUUCGCUAUGACAUGGUCCAACUGCCCAGCAACGACCCCAUCGAAGAUGACCACGCCGAAAAGAUCGUGGAAGUCCCCAACACUGUCGCCGCAACGUCCGAUAACGCCACAUCAUCCGACUGGAUGUUUUGGGGUGUCUUUGACGGCCACUCCGGCUGGACGACCUCGGCCAAAUUGCGUCAAGUCCUCAUCUCCUUCGCCGCGCGCGAACUCAACCGCACAUACAAAGCCGCCCUGUCAGAUGCGAAGUCACCCUUUCCUUCCCCCGCCGCCAUCGACGCAGCCCUCAAGUCCGCGUUCGUGAAACUAGACAACGAGAUUUGUCUCGACAGUGUCAGCAAGCUGAGCAAAAACCCCAGUAAACGCCUUGCGGCGGAGAUUCUCGCUCCCGCUCUCUCCGGCUCCUGCGCUCUGUUAUCCUUCUAUGACUCUCAAUCAAAGACCCUCCGCGUGGCGUGCACGGGGGACUCCCGCGCCGUACUGGGCCGCCGCAACCCCUCGACGGGCAAAUGGUUCGCAACGCCCCUCUCCGAAGACCAGACCGGCUCCAACCCCAACGAAGAAGCCCGUAUGCGCGCUGAGCACCCGGGCGAGGACUUUGUCAUUCGUGCUGGCCGCGUGCUGGGAAACCUAGAACCCACCCGCGCCUUCGGAGACGCAUUCUACAAGUGGUCACGAGAUACGCAAGAACGGAUUAAGCAGAACUUCUUUGGGCGGACGCCGCAUAAUCUACUGAAGACUCCACCCUACGUUACUGCCGAGCCGGUCGUCACCUCGACGUCAAUCGAACCCUCCAGGGGCGAUUUUCUCGUCAUGGCCACGGACGGGCUAUGGGAGAUGCUCACGAACGAAGAAGUCGUUGGCUUGGUGGGCCAAUGGAUCGAACAUCAGAACAGCCUUGCGGCCAACAAUGCGGGCGGUUCCGCAAAUAGCACAUCUGCCUGGUUGACUAGUUGGUUCAAGUCGGCCAACUCAAGCGCUCUGCCCGUCGAGAAGGGCGGGAACAUGGACAAAACAGGCCGCAUUGACAACUCGCACAACCAGGUGAAUGCCAAUGCGAAGAAUGGUGCCAAGGACGCUCGGCCGGAGAAACCAAUCCGCCAGCAGCAGUGGGAUACACCCUCUGCGUCGUCCCGGUUUGUGGUUGAGGACAAGAACUGCGCGACGCACCUAGUCAGGAACGCGCUGGGAGGGAAGGACAAGGACAUGGUGUGUGCGCUUUUGACGCUGCCGAGUCCCUACUCGAGACGGUAUCGAGACGAUUUGACCGUGCAGGUCAUUUUCUUCGGCGAGGCCGAGCACGCGGACGGACGCGUUCUCGUGAACGAGGAGGCCAGUGCGGUGGUCAAAAAGGACAAAGCCACCGGGGAAGGCUUGAAGGCGAAGCUGUAA